AACCAGUGACCGAGUCAGCGUGUACGCAUUUAGCAAGAAACCCAGAUCUGAGGCAUGGACGGAGAACUAAAGAACUUAGUCAAGCCCAAGCAAAACCCACCUGGUCAAAACCCUUCUUCCGAUGGGAUCUCCAAUCUUGAUCCUUCAAAGAAAUCCAUGCCCAGAUGGGUUUUGGCUGUGAAAGUUGUGAUCUUUGGAAUCUUGUUGCGUGUAUAUGAUCACACGGAGAAUUUGCCCAGGUUCGUAGUCUUGGCUAUCUAUUGCCUGCACACUUACCUCGAGAUUGAACUCGUUCUAGUGUUCGUUGGAUCAACCGUAUCGUCCUUUCUUGGGUGCGAGAUCGAGCCAGUGUUCAACGAACCCUACUUAGCCACCUCUCUCCAGGACUUCUGGAGCCGGAGAUGGAACCUCAUGGUCCCUGCCGUCCUUCGGCCCACCGUCCACGUCCCUGUUCAACGCGCUUCGGUUCGAGUAGUGGGGCCCAUGUGGUCUGUUCUGCUGGGUGUCGUGGCAUCGUUCCUUGUCUCAGGCCUUAUGCAUGAACUGAUAUACUUUUAUAUGAUCCGUUUGCCACCGACAUGGGAGGUCACUUUGUUCUUCGUGCUAAAUGGGUUCUGCACUGCGGCGGAAAUACUGGUCAAGAGAAGGGUAGUCCGGUGGCGGUUGCACCGGUCGGUCUCCGGUCCGAUCACUCUGGGGUUCGUGAGCGUGACCGGUGUUUGGCUGUUCUUCCCUCAGGUUCUGAGAAAUGGAUUGCACGACAGAGUCAUAAAUGAAUGGCUGUGGGCUAUUGAUCUUGUCAAGUCAAAGCUCUUCUCAUCUCCAUGAUCAAUGACCAUCAUCAUCAUCAUCAUCAUUAUCAUUGGAUGGAGCAAACGGGAAUUGUUCAGAAAAAUUCAGAAGUUGGAAGGAAGACACAUGCGAUGUGGUUUAUUACUGGUUUAAUACUCCAUCUCUGGAAUUUUUGUUCAGUUUUAAUUUUUCAGAUGUAAUAAACGGAAGAUCAUUCAUCAUUCUUCAAUUCGUUGAAAACUCAAAAAUGGGUUUCCAGAAUCUUGAUCAUUCGACUCGUUUCCAGGAAAUAUAUAUAUGUACAUAUAUAUCUUCUUGUAUAUUUAUUAUUUGCAGAUUAUUUUCGGUUUGAAUCCCGCACAAAGUACCAUCUAGAAUUGGGCAUAAAAAAAAUCUAUAUCUAAAUUGUAUCUGAUAUAUUCGCACCGAACAAAAAUGGAUAGAGAUGUUGAAAAUGGUGGAAUUUCGAUCUCCCCCCUUAUUGGGCCUGCACCGAAGGGAAAGCCCAUUGGCCCAAAAUAUCUGUCUGGGCCGUAAAUAAUUCUCAUGCCAACCAAUUCGACAACGUCCUAAGCGAAGGAAAGCUAACGAGUAAUAACAAAAAAUCAGGUCAAGAGCCGCUGACACAGACGGAGUAUUACUAUUACCUCAAUUUCUUGACCAAUUAAAAAUAUUUACUGAUAGCAGGAUGUUAAAAAUGGCUUCUUACUGUCUGUGUGUAUAUAUAUAAUAAGACUACAAUAU